UUUUUUUUUCCGUGACCGAACGAUCUAAGGUUGAAACUGAGUUGGUGUGUCUUACGAGUGAAUUCUGUUGUACGAAAAAUGGCUAGUUUAGCGUUAAGAAAAGUUAUUAGUCAAGUUCCUCGAAAUGUAUUGUAUCUGUCGACUCGUUCACUCAGUAAAAAUUUAGUAGAUACCUUCUCAAUGGAACAUGCAACAGGUUUAGAGAAAAAGGAAAUGAUGGCAAAAGCUGCUGGAAAUGAAAAUCCUUUUGACAUGAGGGUUUACAAGAGAGGACCUGGAACCAAAACGGAUCCCAACAUCAUUCCUUCUGCAUAUGAAGAGCGUCUUAUUGGUUGUAUAUGUGAAGAAGAUGCUACAUGUAUCAACUGGAUGUGGCUUGAAAAAGGAGACCCAAAACGUUGUGAAUGUGGCUAUUGGUUCAAACUGGUUGAUGCAAAACCUUUGUAGCCUUUUGUAGUACUUACUUAGAGAGGAAUUCUUGCAACAUCAUUAAAAGUAUAUAUAUAUACACAGAAAUGGGUGAUCACUUACAGGCUACGAUUGUUUGUAGGAAAGUGGUAUUUUGUAGAAAUAUAGCAUUAUUAGGAAAAUCUGUAUCUCUAAUUUGAUUCAUUGCUUAUUGGCAAUAAGUGAUGUAAUAAACAUGGAAUAAAAUCCAAAAUAUUAAAAUA